UCGCAUUCAAGCUCUCAGUUCCGUUCAAACUCGCACUUGCGUUCCAACUCGUUCCCAUCCAUCCAUGACCAAGACAGGCGUUGGGUUCCCGCACUCCCGGGCCCCGGCAAGACCCACCACCUCUCGCAGCUUCCACCGCUCCGCGUUCGUGAUGGUGUUCGUGAUGGUGUUCGUGUUCGUCUUGGGCCUUGCCGGCCCCUGCUCCGCCUUUGUCCGUGCCCCGGUGUUGGGUGCCGGAAGCAAAUGCAGCGGCAGAAGCAGAAACAGAAGCAGGAGCUGCCCCCACCCCACCAUUGUGCGGUGGUCGUCCGGCCCCAUUGGAAGCGGGGUUUCCUUUCCCGACCCCCCGGAGCGCAACGCCUACGACGCCUGGUUGUCCGGGGGGCCCCUUCCCGAAAGCCUCCACCUGGACGAGGAGACCGCCGGAGAGGUCCUGUUGGAGCUGGUGGGCAGCUUUUACGGAUCCUCCGUCUUUGGCUGCCACGAGAGGGCCGCCUCCAUCGGGAUCACCGGUUCCCUUUCCCUGGAGGAGGUCUGCGGCCCCGAGGUGGUCCUGGGGCUGGAGGGGUCCUUUUGGCACAAGCGGUCGACGGUCCUGGGCAGGGCGGCGGUGUGGCUGAACGCCCGGAUCCCGGAGGUCGCGAGCGUGGUGGUCUCGGACCUCGAGGACCUGGAGGACUUUGAGGAAAUCCGUGACGAAGAGAGCGGCGAGGUCCUCUUUCGGAGGGACAAGCGGUCGGAGGACUUCAACGGGGACCGGGCCACGAUGGAAUACCAGGGGUGAGUGCGUGUUUGCGUGCGUGCGUGUUUGUCUUGUUUUUGUUUUUGUUGAUGGAUUGGUUGAAGGAUUCAUUGAAUGGUUCAUUCAAGGAUUCAUUCAAGGAUUCAUUCAAGGAUUCAUUCAAGGAUUCAUUCAAGGAUUCAUUGAAUGAUUGAUUGGUUUUUGCCUCGGUACGGUCUGUUCACUAACCACUAACCACUAACCAUUGGGGUUGUCGGUGUGGCAAUGUUGUGCUUGAUUCGUCUUUUGUCUUUUGUUGGUGUUUCGUCGUUUGGCGACACCCGCAGGCUGGAUCCCGACGACCGGGGGCCCUUUCCGCAGAGUGCCAUGGGAGGCGGUGGAUCGAUGAUCAACCCCGCCUGAGCAUACAAGGUGCAACCGUCAACCGCUGCGUGCCGGGUGCACGGUGCCACUGGCAAGGCAGGGCGGGGAUUUUCUGGAUCGGCUGGUUGGGAUCGGUUGCAGGCCUAAGGAACUG